AUGCAUGAAGAGCAUUACGAAGAAGACGUUGAUGACGAAGACUUGGAUGAUGACGAUGUUGAUGGGUAUGAAGGACUCAGUGACUACGAUGAAGAUGACAUACCUGGAUCCUCUGGCUACGGAAGCCACAGUUUGAGAUCUAUUAGCGAAGGUGGUGCCGUGUACUGUGUCGAGGCUGGUGAAGACAACAGACGGGAUCAUCACAACCAACUUGAACGUAAAAGACGUGCAAGCAUCAAAACAAGUUAUAAUGACCUUCGAGAAGUUAUCCCGGGUUUACGAGGAUCGAAAGCAUCCAGGGCAGUUAUACUACAGCGCGCAGUUGAGUGCAUCGAAGAGUUGGUCAAAUUGAAUCGUGACCAUACUGUUUGUGUUGAAACGCUGAAACGUCAGAACGACCUGUUGGAUUCUCGAGUUCAAGAGCUCCAACGUUUGGUGCAGCGAAUGGAUGGCGAAGAAGCGUGCAACACUCCAACAUCAAGUUCUUUUGCUAACACUAUUUCUCCGAAUAAUAAUGUCGCCCUUCGAUUAAUAUCACCAACAGCUUCGGGUGUCCCAAUGUAUCGCUGUAUGUCUCAAGAUCCACUCCAGUCAUCUACAUCAACAGAAUGUCCCGGAACUGCUUCUGGUACAGAAUAUGUGUCGUCUAGUCAUCCAUCUGUUCUUCAGUCACAAAAACCUGUUCUGUGCACUAUGGCAAAUUAUUCUCCUUCUGCGCUUGGCCGUGCUAACACAGUAAUGCAUUUCGUCACUAACACGAGUGCCAUAAAUUCAAUCGGGGGACUGGCGACCGACAGCAACACCACGAGCCUAGUUUCUAGUUCACAUUCUGCAUUUUCCCCUUCUGUUUCCUCGUCUGAUGGAUCCAGUACUGGGCCUGCACGAUCCCUCUCCCAGCGGUCUAGUCCUGGUGGGUUGUCAUCUUCGUCUAAUACUUCAUCUAACCCGACAUCACGGCAAUCCUUUAGGACAGAUGAUGACUACUCAGCAGUUUCGAGGGAAGUAAAUUCAACAGGGUCGUUAGAAAAUAUCCCAACAUCCGCGGAUGGUACCACACAUUCAAACAUCAAACCAGUUCGUCAACAGUUGCGUUCAUCUUCUAGUCCUUCACGUUCUUCUCCACCACCGAUUUUAUCGACUGUACCAACUUUGUUACCCGCUUAUCGUAAAUCAGAUUCUCCUAUACAUUCAUCACACUCACUAAACUCAGGAAGUUGCAAUUCGCAAGGGAAUUUAGGCGGAAAAUCGAAGCGUCGCAAAUUUAGAUGA